GAGGUGGAGGGCAGGCAGUCGAAGCCAGGCGCGUCGCGUUCCCUUCCUCCCUGCAGCCAGCCACCCUGCCAGCCAGCCAGUGAGCUAGCCGCGGCGUCCGCCACAGCAGCCGGGUGGAGAGAGCCAGAGAGCCCCAGAGAGCGCUGGGCAGCGCGCGAGACUUUAUCCUGAUGGCUGACUCAAAAGCUCUCCCCGCCCUGGACGAGGACCCCGUGGCUGUGGAAGCCCUGCUCCGGGAUGUGUUUGGAAUCGUUGUGGAGGAGGCCAUUCGCAAAGGAACCAAUGCCUCUGAGAAGGUCUGCGAGUGGAAGGAGCCAGAGGAGCUGAAGCAGCUGCUGGAUUUGGAGCUGCGGCGCUGCGGGGAGUCGCGGGAGCAGAUCCUGGAGCGGUGCCGUGCUGUGAUCCGCUACAGUGUCAAGACUGGUCACCCUCGCUUCUUCAACCAGCUCUUCUCGGGCAUGGAUCCUCAUGCUCUGGCCGGGCGCAUUAUCACAGAGAGCCUCAACACCAGCCCGUACACGUAUGAAAUCGCCCCUGUGUUUGUGCUCAUGGAAGAGGAAGUGCUGAAACAGCUGCGGGCCCUGGUGGGCUGGGACUCUGGGGACGGGGUCUUCUGCCCUGGUGGCUCCAUCUCCAACAUGUACGCUGUGAACCUGGCCCGCUAUCAGCGCUACCCCGACUGCAAGCAGAGGGGCCUCCGGGCACUGCCGCCCCUGGCCCUCUUCUCAUCAGAGGAGUGUCACUACUCCAUCAAGAAGGGAGCUGCUUUUCUGGGACUUGGCACCGACAGUGUCCGAGUGGUCAAGGCUGAUGAGAGCGGGAGAAUGAUUCCCGAGGAUCUGGAGAGACAGAUCAGUCUGGCUGAGGCUGAGGGUGCUGUGCCGUUCCUGGUCAGCGCCACCUCUGGCACCACCGUUCUGGGGGCCUUUGACCCCCUGGAUGCAAUUGCCAACGUGUGCCAGCGUCAUGGGCUGUGGCUGCAUGUGGAUGCUGCCUGGGGUGGGAGCGUCCUGCUGUCACGGACACACAGGCAUCUCCUGGAUGGGAUCCAGAGGGUCGACUCGGUGGCCUGGAACCCCCAUAAGCUCCUGACAGCAGGCCUGCAGUGCUCCGCCCUUCUCCUCCGGGACACCACGAACCUGCUCAAGCGCUGCCAUGGGUCCCAGGCCAGCUACCUUUUCCAGCAGGACAAGUUCUACGAUGUAGCUCUAGACACGGGAGACAAGGUGGUGCAGUGUGGCCGCCGCGUGGACUGCCUGAAGCUGUGGCUCAUGUGGAAGGCUCAGGGCGGGCAAGGGCUGGAACGGCGUGUGGAUCGGGCCUUUGCCCUUGCCCGGUACCUGGUGGAAGAAAUAAAGAAGCGGGAAGGCUUUGAGUUGGUCAUGGAGCCCGAAUUUGUCAACGUGUGUUUCUGGUUCGUGCCCCCCAGCCUGCGGGGAAAGCAGGAGAGUCCUGAUUACAUGGAAAGGCUGUCUAAGGUGGCCCCUGUGCUCAAGGAACGCAUGGUGAAGGAGGGCUCCAUGAUGAUCGGCUACCAGCCCCGUGGGGGCCAGGGCAACUUCUUCCGCAUGGUCGUGGCCAACCCUGCCCAGACCCGGGCUGACAUGGACUUCCUCCUCAGUGAGCUGGAGCGCCUGGGCCAGGACCUGUGAGCCUCCUCCUGCCCACUGUGGCCCCGACACCGCCCCCACCCCACGGGAGCCCUCUGUCCUUCCCGUGUUCUCAAGGAAAGCCUUCUUAGGAAAUGGCGUGCCUUUUAGUUAGCUCUCCUAACUAAAUAUUGCUAUGGGAAGAAAUGUUGAAAAGAAGCUCUAAUAUAGCAAUAUGAUAGAAUGUUACUCAGCCAUUCAAAUUGUGUUUACACGGAGAAUUUGUGUUGCUAUGAGAACUUGAAUAUGUUACUUUGGAAAAGCUGGAUGUAAGACUUGAUAUAUAUGGUUAUCUGUGCUGUGUUCAAAAGUACAUAGGAAAAUAUUCAUGAAAUAUGCCAGGGUUAAGCUCUCUGUGGGCUAGUAGGCAGUUUUAAAUCAACUCCUUUGUACCUUUUGUGCUUGCCUUCUCUAAUUAUGUAAUGAAUAUGCAUUACUUUUGUAAUAGGAAAAUAAUAAAACUUAAAUUUCAACUAUA